GAGAGGGAGAGAGAGAGAGAGAGAGAGAGAGAGAGAGUGUGAGAUCUACCAGCAGUGUGUCCGCUUCAGUCCCCGUUGACUCUGCCGGUGCUGCACUUGUCAAACACACACACACACACACACACACACACACACAUACAUACACACACACACACUCUGAAGGCUGAGAUGUGACUGUGACGCCAGAGGAAUACAGCGUGUUUCUGUUUCUGUGGGAUUUUUCUUUCUUUCUGUCAGCUCGGAUAAUGGGAGAGGACAGACGGGGAGACAUGUGGACCAUGCCGGCCACUCUGGCUGCGUUGCUCCUCUGUGUGAUUACUUCUGUCUGCGCGGUGGAAGAGACAGUGAUGGAUACAAGGACAGCGACAGCUGAGCUUGGCUGGAUAUCUUUCCCUGCCAAUGGAUGGGAGGAGGUGAGCGGCUAUGAUGAGAACCUCAACACCAUCAGGACGUACCAGGUGUGCAACGUGUUUGAGCCCAGCCAGAACAACUGGCUCCUCACUACGUACAUCGACCGGAGGGCGGCACAACGCAUCUACGUGGAGAUCCGAUUCACCGUAAGAGACUGCGCCUCCAUUCCCAGCGUCCUCGGCUCCUGCAAAGAGACGUUCAACCUCUACUACCACGAGACAGAGAGGACCGUGUCAGAGAGCAUUAAAGGGGUGGAGUACUGGGCCAAUGCCCCCUUUCUGAAGGUGGAUACCAUUGCAGCAGAUGAGAGUUUCUCCCAGGUAGAUUUUGGGGGAAGGCUAAUGAAGGUGAACACUGAAGUUCGGAGUUUCGGCCCGCUGUCUAAAGGCAGAGGGUUCCACUUGGCCUUCCAGGAUUUGGGCGCCUGCAUGUCCCUCCUGGCUGUGCGCGUAUUCUACAAGAAAUGUCCCAGCGUAGUGCAGAACUUUGCUUUUUUCCCAGAGACACUGACCGGAGCCGAGUCCACGUCGUUAGUCAUCGCCAGAGGAAAUUGUAUCCCGAACGCUGAGGAGGUAGAUGUGCCCAUAAAGCUUUACUGUAACGGGGAUGGAGAGUGGAUGGUACCCAUUGGAAGCUGCAGCUGCAAGGCGGGAUAUGAGCCGGACAACAGCAACGUGUGUCGAGCUUGCCCUCAGGGCACCUUUAAGUCCUUCCAGGGGCCCGGAUUAUGUCAGCAGUGUCCGCCCAACAGCCGCUCCACCAUCGAGGCAGCCACCCUCUGCAUUUGUCGGAACGGCUAUUACCGUGGAGACAUGGACAAACCUGAGGACAUGUGCACCAGUGUCCCUUCGGCUCCUCGCAACGUGGUUUCGGUCGUCAACCAGACAUCCGUGCUGCUGGAGUGGCACUCACCUCGUGACACAGGGCACCGCGAAGACCUGACGUAUAACGUCUUGUGCCGGCGGUGCCACAGCAGCGAGCGCCGGGCUUGUCAGCCAUGUGACGACGGCGUGGCGUUUGUACCUGGCAGGCGAGGGCUAAAGGACACGAGGGUGGAGAUCAGCAAGCUGCGUGCUCACACAUCGUACACCUUCGACAUACAGGCAGUCAAUGGGGUCUCCAACAAGAGCCCUUAUCCCGCCCAGCAACUGUCAAUCAACAUUACGACCAAUCAGGCUGCUCCCUCAGCAGUUCCCAUAAUGCACCAAGUGAGCUCAACGAGCCGCAGUUUCUCGUUGUCAUGGCCACCGCCCGAACAGCCCAACGGAAUUAUCCUCGAAUACGAGAUACGAUACUAUGACAAGGCCCAGUCCUCGCUCCUGAACAGCUCAGUGGUCCAGAGCGAAGCACCCAAUGUUGUUCUGGAGGGACUGAAGCCGGGCACCGGCUAUGUGGUCCAGGUGAGGGCCCGGACGGUAGCCGGCUUUGGAGUCUACAGCAAGGAUAUGCUCUUCCAAACACUCACUGACGAUGAGUACAAGUCAGAGCUGGGACAGCAGCUCUCCCUGAUCGCAGGCUCUUUAGUAGGUGGAGUGUGUAUCGUGUCAUUGGUAGCCAUCGCCAUCAUCUGUUCCAGGAGGAGGCAGCUGAAGGAGAGUGUGUACGGUGACAAGCUGCAGCAGUACAACACGGGAGGAGAGGUGACUCUCAGGCCAGACAUGUUCAGCGGGCCGACCCCAACCGUGACCUUUCCCACCCUGUCUGAAGGUCACAGUUCACCAGGGGUCAAGAUCUACAUCGACCCCUUCACCUACGAGGACCCCAAUGAGGCCGUGAGGGAGUUUGCCAAGGAAAUCGACCCCUCCUGUGUCAAAAUAGAGGAAGUCAUUGGAUCAGGUGAGUUCGGGGAGGUGUACAAAGGUCGCCUGAAGCCUGUGGGGAAAAAAGAGCUCCCCGUGGCGAUAAAGACCCUGAAGGUUGGCUACUCGGAGAGGCAGAGGCGGGACUUCCUGUCCGAGGCGUCGAUCAUGGGCCAGUUCGACCAGCCGAACAUCAUCCGACUGGAGGGCGUGGUCACGAAGAGCCGGCCGACGAUGAUCAUCACGGAGUUCAUGGAGAACGGAGCGCUCGACUUCUUCCUCAGGCAAAAUGACGGACAGUUCCCAGUGAUCCAGCUGGUUGGUAUGCUGAGGGGCAUCGCAUCUGGAAUGAGGUACCUGGCAGAGAUGAGUUAUGUUCACCGGGACCUGGCAGCUCGGAACAUCUUGGUGAACAGUAACUUGGUGUGUAAGGUGUCAGACUUCGGCUUAUCGCGCUACCUGGAGGAGGACACGUCAGAUCCCACCUACACCAGCUCACUGGGUGGUAAAAUCCCGGUGCGGUGGACGGCUCCGGAGGCGAUCGCCUACAGGAAGUUCACGUCAGCUUCAGAUGUGUGGAGUUAUGGGAUCGUCACCUGGGAGGUGAUGUCAUACGGAGAGAGGCCGUACUGGGACAUGAGCAACCAAGAUGUGAUAAACGCCAUCGAGCAGGACUUCAGGCUGCCGGCUCCCAUGGACUGCCCGGUAGUUCUGCACCAGCUGAUGCUGGACUGCUGGCAGAAAGACAGAAACGCCCGGCCAAAGUUCCCUGAUAUAGUCAGCAUGUUGGACAAAAUGAUACGCAACCCUGCAUCCCUCAAAGCCGGCAUCAACAACAUCCCCCCUGUUCCUUCCCAUCAUCCUUUGUUAGACCGAGGAGCUCCGGACCUGAGCAUGGUGAGCUCUGUGGAGGACUGGCUGGCGGCGCUGAAGAUGACCCAGUACAGAGACUCCUUCCUCGGCUCCGGCUUCACUUCUCUGCCGCUCGUCACACAAAUCACAGCCGAAGAUCUGCAGAGGAUUGGAGUGUCUCUGGCCGGACACCAGAAGAAAAUCCUGACCAGUGUUCAGUCAAUGAGGCACCACGCCGAUGACCAGUCUCCUACUGAAUCUGUGUAACCACACGGGGAGAAGAGAUACCGUGUGAAGUAUGUGACAAAGUGUUCAGUCUGAACCAGAAGACUGCAGAUUUCACUCUCGUACAUGUGAGGAUCCAAACCACUCUUCAUGCUUUUUAACGAUAUCUGUGGCUGUUUGUUUCUAAGUCACCAGGUCCCUCCUUCACUGAAAACAUUAAGCCCCUCAUGUUAAUUUAAACUGAAUGCUUCCUUUAUGCAGAGUUAGUGCAAGAAGGGGAAGAAACGCAGACAUAAUUUGUGAAUGGAAACAAAAAUAGAACAAGUUGUAUCUGGAGGUUUCUAUCUGUUACUAUAAGAUGGACAAUCAAAAAAACCUCAAUCUUCUCUCCUUGCAAGACUUCCAGCAUCAAAAUCUAUGUUACUUUUGACCAGCCUGACUGACUGUUUCAUUCAUGGACACCAUGUUGUGGUUUCUUUGUGAGGAUAAAUCCAUCAGACAAACUUCUGAGAAGAGGAAACAGACUUUAAUGUAAAGGGAUGCAAACUGCACCAGAAGCCUCAGAAAAAAAAGUCUUAAAAGUUUCCUGCUGUUUUUUUUUUGUUUUUGUUCUGUUUUGCUGAGACUACUUUAGUGUAUUGGUGAAAAUAUUUGAUUCCAGACUGGAGUCAAAACUUAAAUGGGACUUGUGUGAAUCCCUCUUCAUAUUGAAGAGUCUGUACAUACAAUACAGGAAGUUACAUUUCCUAUUUUCUCUUUUCCUUUCACUUUUAGCCAACAGUGUUGAACAAUGUCAUGUCACUGUCGUAUUUAUGAUCUUUCUAUGAUCACUUUCUUCUGCGGGACUCAUCGCUGGAACAUACUUAAAAAAUCUGCAGACAACAAAAAAAAAAAAAAAAAGCUUAAAAAAAAAGGUUUCAUAGUUGUAUUUUUUUGCAAACUCAUCAAUACACAGAGAGAGAGAGAGAGAUCGAGAGCAUCGCCUGGACUACUUACAAUAAUUAAUUCAGAUGGAGCUCAUAAUGGAUGAUGUUGUACAGUCAGCACACACGCCCUCUGAGUAAAGCCAAUUACAGAGCAGGAAAACAAAGUCAGAUACAGAAAUAUGAAUCUAUAGCGUGUGUGUGUUCUCCAGGAACGGAAGCAAGAGGACUAUAGAAGAAAAAUGGAAAACAUUUGCUGAGAGACUGUAGGGUCUUGAGUCAUUAACCAGCUGCAGAAACACACCUGUUGUGAGCACACAGCAGCGAACAGAGAGUCUCAGAAGACAGAAAAAAGGCUACUCUGAUCCAAUGUUCUUGUGAUUUGGCUGCAAAUCGUACAGCCGAGAGCCAGUGAGGCAUCAAAACAACGCGUGAACACACCAGAAAUCCAAUGCUCAUGCGCCGCCCCUUGCAUGAAUCAAAACCAUAUUCCUGUCAAAACCUGUGCGGCUGCAGACGAGAUAGUUUAUAUGACUCGACGGCGACCAGGCAGAAGUCAUGUCAGGGUCUGUGUUGACAAGUCACACUAAUCCGAUUUAUACGGCUGUGUCAGAUUGCAGAUGAAUGACAUUAAAUAACCCAUCAACAUUUUUCAUCUGUGCACAGCAACCUUUUCAGAUAAACGGCCUUUCUGCACAUUCAUUUGAAGGCGUCAAAAAUAUGUCAGAAAACAAGAUCGGAAAAUAUGAUAGUUAGAUUAAAAAAAAAAAAAAAAUUGCAGAGGGAGUUAGAAAAGGAAAAUGCCGGCCUUUUCAUCAUGUUCAGUGCACAAAUGAGACUCACCAAUCUUCACAAAGUAUGAUAUCAGGGAAAGGCCUGAUCACACUCUGGGGCUCACUGGUGGAGGAGUACCGGGAGAUCUUCAUUUAUCUGAGUGCUGAGCAGAUUAUAAGCCGUGAAACAGCAGCAUCGCUCUGCCUGCAGGACCCAAAAAAGAAGAAAAAAAAAAGAAGAAAAA